AUGUUCCUGCGGCGGCUAACAGCCUCCGCCGCCCUCCGCCGCGGCGCGACCGACGGCGGUGUCCUGGCCGCCGCCCUCCGCGCCGAGCUCGCCCACGAGCUCACCUUCUCCUCCCCCUCCACUCCCCUUCGUUUCCGUUUCGAGGACGCGUCCGGCUUCGACGCCGUGUCGGACUCCCCGCGCGCGCAGGACGUGCUCCUGCGCCGCCGGGCCGGUUCCGAGGAGGUCCUCGUGUCGGCGCUGCUCGCCCCGCUGCGGUUCGUAGAGCAGGACCCGCUGCCCAGGGCCGCCCUCAUGAAGGUCUUCGUCAGUAAGCCUGGCGCGACGCCCGUCCUGCACUUCGACUGCCGUGCGUCUUGGGUUGGGGAGGAGGAGCGCGGCGCUGCUGACUAUGCUAUUAACGCUGUCCGGUACCACUCCUCUCCAGGCGCCGCUGGAGAAGACGAGUAUGAAGGCCCGGUGUUCAGUACUGCACAUGGUUUAGCAGAACCAUAUGCACCUCUAUUGUUUGAAGUUCAUGUUGAAUCUGAAGACUUGCCUCUUUGUAGCCCUUGCCGAGGAAUCUAUGUACUAGAUCGUGCAUUGUUGGAAGUUGAUCUUUGGGUGAAAAAGGAAGAGGAGGGAUCAACCGAUGAACGGUUACUUUCUGAGUAUGUUGAGAUUUGCUUGCGCUCCAGUUUCAAUAAGAUGCGCACGGGGCGGAUUCACAGAGAAGAUGCAAUCUUGGAUAUGGACUUUAUGUUCCUUUCAGAGAGUGUUGAGGCAGUUAUAGAGGUGUUCACAGGUGUUGACAGUCCUCAGCACGUGAGAUUCAUUGCUUCCAGCAGUUAUUUUGAUAAGGAGAUUUUGCUUUUCGAGGGGAAAUGUUUUCAGGGCAAGCUCUUUACGCAUGUGGUUGCAGUGACGGUAGAAGAAAAACUGAGUAUUCGCUUGGAAUGGGAAAAUCCACAUUUGGAGUGGACCUUUCAGGAUGGAGUUGUUGGAGCUUUAAGUUAUCCUGAUGAUGACUCGGUUCCAUUUUAUGUGAGGGUGUUCUUUGCUCCAAAGAACCUGGGACGCGGACCAUCAAGAUACGACGCUUGGAAGAAGAGGUGUAAAAACAAGGGGACAACUUCCAGUAGUGGGUUGCUGAAAGUUUGA